CUGAGUUGUUGAAUAACGAGUAAUUGUCUGUAUUCCGUGUAAAUUGUCCAUUAAUAAAUUGUAACAAUUUUUUAUAAUUUUUUUUUUCGUUUUGCAUACCAUUAUUUACGUGGAAAAUACUAUAUUUCAAAAUGGAGAACGUCUUAGAAAAACAACUAUUGAAAGUGGCAGAAUCAAUUGAGCAAAAGCUUGAUCAAGAAAUACAGAAACUUGAUGAGUUGGACUUAGAUAGUAUAGAAAAUAUACGAGAACACCGCUUGCAACAGAUGAAAAAAAUGAUCAAACAGAAGGAAGAGUGGAUGGCUAAAGGACAUGGAGAAUAUGAAGAAUUGAGUGAUGAGAAAAGUUUCUUUGAAAAAUCAAAAUUGAGUCCGAACAUGGUGUUACACUUUUACAAAGACGGAUCAACUCGAUGCAAAAUAGUUGAUCAUCAUUUAAAAAUAUUAUGUGCACAACAUUUGGAAACACGUUUUGUCAAACUUAAUGUUACACGUUUUCCGUUUCUGACAGAACGCAUGAAAAUACGAGUCAUACCAACCAUUGUGUCAAUAGUAGAUAGUAUAUCCAAAGACUUUAUUGUUGGUUUUACUGAAUUAGGGAAUUGUGAUGAUUUCUCAACCGAGAUGUUGGAAUGGCGUUUAGCACGUUCUCAAGUCAUUGAUUACAAGGGAGACUUACUUAACCCACCAGAUGUAGUCAAAAACAACAGAACAAUGUUAUUAGAGAAAAAUAAGACAAUAAGAGGUUAUGUAGGAAAUGAUUCAGAUGGUCUAGAUUCCGAUUAAUCUGAUCUGAAAUGUUAAACUAAUAUACUAAUAAUAUACUAAUAUAAAUCAUAAUUUAUUUUUUUUAAAUACUUAUAAUAUUGUUAAUCUUGCUUAACCUCUACUGUAGAAUAUUUUUUACAUUCCUACAAGGUUCUUCAUGUCAUUUUUUACGUAUGAUUUUUUUUUUUUAUUAGACUGAAAUAUUGUUUUUUAAUUAGUGUUGUAAAACGCUCAUUUAAGUUACUCAUUCCUGCAUAUUCAAAAAAAAAAACAAAUUAAUAUAUUUUUCAAAAUCACAUUUAUUUCACUUAUCUUAUUUUGAAAUUGUAUCUGUUUAGAACAAAAAGUAAUUAUAAUUAAUGAAAUAUAUUAUUUUGUAAGUUUGUUAAUUAAUUGAAUAUAAUACUCACUGACACAUAGGUAAGCUUAGUCUAUUCUAUACCCAAUUUGUAAUUUUUUAUAAUAUUUUUUGUUGAAUUCAAUAAAAUGAUAUCUCUGAUAAAAAAA